AUUAGGGGAAUGCCGGAUGGAAUGCUGCGUUAAAUCUCUCGUUCUUGGCGCUCCUGCGGCCGCGUGCACGCAUCGAUCGGCGAAAUCCAGGCCCACGAUCGGAAGGAGCCGCAUUCUCUGUGGAUCGCGAGGAGCUGGAAUUUCUCCGCGAAUGGUGAGUAUCGCUGCUACAAUGAGCAGCCCUUCCUGGGUGGAUGAAUCCGCUGCUCCUGCUCUUGGCGAGAAUCGGUGUCAGGCAGGGGAGAGCUUGAUGGCGUAUCUGGGAUCGAGCAGCGGCCUGGACGAGAAUCUGGCCAUUGUGAUACUCCAUCUCCAGGGGGCUGUCAAGGAAAUCGCCGCGCUCCUGGCUUCUCCAGAGGCCAUUCUUUCCAGUGAUUCUACUUCUUUCUCUUCUUCUCCCUCGGUAGCUCCUUCGUCCGGAAGAGACGCUCCCAAGCCACUCGACAUAAUCUCGAACGAGCUCCUCAAGAAAUCUCUCGAGAGCUCCCGAAAGGUGGCAGUGGUGGCGUCCGAGGAAGAGGAUUUGCCGGUGUGGAUCAACGACCAUGGCCCGUUCGUGGCGGUGUUUGAUCCUUUGGACGGCUCCAGGAACAUCGAUGCCUCCAUUCCAACUGGAACCAUCUUUGGGAUCUACAGGCGCCUGGAAGAGGCUGAUAAGUUGCCAGUGGAAGAAAAGGCACAGCUUAACGUCCUCCAGUGUGGCUCGAGGCUUGUAGCGUCGGGAUACGCUCUCUACUCGUCGGCAACCAUUUUGUGCUUGACGGUCGGCCAGGGAACUCAGAUCUUCAUGCUGGACAGAUCUUGCGGAGAAUUCAAGCUUGUCAAGCCCGACGUUAAAGUUCCCGAGAGAGGACAAAUCUAUUCCGUGAACGAUGCAAGGUAUUUCGAUUGGCCUCAAGGACUCCGACGCUACAUUGAUGAUAUUAGAAGAGGCAAAGGCCAGUUUCCAAAGAAGUACUCGGCAAGGUAUGUAUGCUCACUGGUAGCAGACGUCCAUAGGACAAUUCUCUACGGUGGUAUUGCUAUGAAUCCUCGCAGCCAUUUGAGACUAGUGUAUGAAGGGAAUCCAUUGGGUUUUUUGGUGGAAGAUGCUGGUGGUAAAGCAUGCGAUGGAAAGAGAAGAAUUUUAGACAUCCAGCCAGUUGAACUUCACCAGCGAUUGCCUCUUUUCCUAGGAAGUAGUGAAGAUGUGCUGGAGCUAGAAACCUACGGAGAUGUACAACAAGUUGUGAAUCCUGGCUAUGAAGUUUAAUAUAUCCUGGCUAUGUUCAUAUAUUCAUUCUGCCA